AUGACCAAGAUCGACGCCCUGAUCCGUCGAUUCCUCCCUUCUUGCUUCUUCCCCACCACCAUGAUACCCACGAAUCCCGCCACCGCCACCAAGAGACGCCUUAGCACCUCGCUCCGGGACGACCUCCCACAGAACACUGACCCAGAAACCAAGAGCCAAGACCAAGACGACUCCACCUCCAACGACACCGAUUCUGCCUGCACCGCCACAACGAGUACUGCUGCUCCUCCUGCACAGCCUCGCUCCUCCCGGACCAUGGUGGUCGGAACCAUCUUUGGGCCCCGCCGCGGCCACGUCUGGUUCUGCGUCCAACACGACCGUGUCUCCUUCAAGCCCACCCUCCUACUCGAGCUCUCCAUCGUCACCCACCAGCUCGUCAAGGAAAUGCGCGGCGGGCUCGUCCGGAUCGCCCUCAAGUGCGAUGAAUCCGAGCUGGGAUCCUGCCCGCUCCGCUCUGUACCCGUCUGGACCAUGUACUGCAAUGGCCGCAAGCUCGGGUUCGCGGCCAAGAGGAAGGCAAGCGAGCGGGUCAAGUCGAUGCUCAGGACCAUGCAGUCCACGACGGUCGGAGCAGGGGUCUUUCCGGCCGCGUUGGGGUCACCGGACGACGAGGAGGUCAUGUACAUGAGGGCUAACUAUGAGCACGUGGUGGGGAAUUUGGACUCGGAGUCGUUCCACCUUGUCAGCCCGGACGAGUGCCCAGGUCAAGAACUCAGCGUGUUCUUGCUUAGGUCGAGGAAUGGGAACCUUCUUUGA